AUGAUAACUUACUUCAGUCCCACCUCUCCAAUGGUUGACGAAAACAUGAAAUCUCGUCGCCGAGGUUCUCUGUCUUCCAUUUCUUCCAAGAGAUCCUACGAGCCUCCAGCAGCAAUGAUACCACAUGACGCCUUAAAUGGCAGCAUAAAUGUAACGAAUCGACGAUCCAAGGCGAGAGGUCUCAGCCAUAGCAGCAGUCGUACGAACGCAAACAACCACCAACGAAAAGGAAUAUCCAGCAUUGGCGGCUCUGGCAGAAAGAACAAUUUCAUUUCACUUCACAAGCAGUCCAAUUCUUCCUUCCUAUCCCCUGACCAAACCACAACAAGAAACAAUAAUACCAUAUUUUCACCCCAAUUCACUGAUGAAAAUAGCGGACGGAUGACAAUGGACACAGCUCCAGAUACCAAACGUCAACGAUUUGUUGGUUCAAUUCCAUCACUGGCCAUCAUCAACAAGGCAACCUAUGAGGAAGAGUCAGGAAGCGAGGAAUCCAGAACGCUACAGGUGGAAGAAGAAAGUCAAAUGAAUACAUCUGUCCGUCAACCUAGUCCAAAGCCAAUCAAUCCCAAAGCGGCCAAGGCAAUGAAACACCCAAAGUCAACUCCUCGACCACCCAAACAAAUCAUCAAGUCGUUCUUUACAUCUGCGUUGGCUUCAAAGAAACCUAGAGUCACACUCUCUGACGACCAAAUGAAUGAUAAUAGUGUGAAAUUCGAAACCAUCACAACGGCUACUACUAGCGUAUCCGAUCAGAGGUACUUGGCUCCAGCCGGAAUUUUGAGUUUUGACCAAGUCUUGCUGCCCGCUAUUGGCCUCAUGGAAGAGAAGAUGUUGAAGAAGAUACAAUCCAAAGUGCAGAGAGAUGCUCCUGAAUACAAAACAGCGGUAGAACAAAGCCGAUCGCUCGUCCGAAAGAGUAUUCUUGCUGCUACCAAGGCAGUCGAAGCAUCCAGAAAGCAACUUUACUUGAAGCAAGAACAGACUCGAAAAGAUCUAGCUAUCAAGAGACUCAUUGCUAGAGAAGCACAAUCCCUAAUAAUGGAGCAACAGCGCAAACGACGAGAAAGUGAAAUGGAAGAGCAACGGAAAGUUCGAGCAGCCGAACGAAAGAAGCAGCUGCAGAGCAAUUUCCCUCGGAACCAAGCUCUUCGUGCUGAAGUUGUCAACUUGACAUUCAAUCUUACCAAACUCGAAAAGGAGGAGAAACGAUGGAUCCAAGCCGAAAAAUCGGUAAUCCAACAUGAGCAAGAAAAUUCAUCUUCAGGUGGAGAAACAGGAGCGGCUCAUGCACCACAAGUUGUGACCAUUCGAGUGGAAAAGGACCAGUUGCAGGAGCAGACCGAGAAUACUAUGCAAGAUAUUGUAGUAUCCUCGACUCGCAUCCAACAGGGUCUUUCUGUUGUUCAGAAGAUUUACCAGGAAUCCGAAGCGGUUCAAAAGGAACUCUAUGAUACCUACCACAAGGACCACAUGUUCCAUGGAUACCAAGGAAUCCAGAAUAAGGCAGGAAUGAUUCGAUUCCUCAGUCAAGAGGACUAA